GUUCUAGUUCUAGAACUGUUCUAGUUCAGUGUAGAUAUAAAUGGAACAGACGCGUUGCUCUUCAGUCAGUAUCGAUAAGAACCAGCUACAUGCAAGAAGACCAUGGAGAAGACCAUUUUCGUCUGUGUAUGCAUACUUGCGACGGCGCUGUGCAAUGAAGUAUGCAGCCCUGGAGAUGACUCAACCUGUCCGGCGGGGCAUUGCUGUGUAAGGGAGAGCCUUGUAUACAUCCCUGAAUACACGGGACCUAGGCCCCCAUUCCAGAUCUCGUGUCGACCCUUCCGACAGCGCGGGGAGUUCUGUUACCAUAGCACCACCGACGAAAUGUGUCCGUGUGACGUCGGUCUCACGUGCGCGACCAACGGCGGAUUCUUUGGACAUUGUGCUUGAUUGGAAAUGAAAAUGCCAUAAUUAUAAAAAAAAUACAAACAAAAGCUUUGAUAAUCAUGGUUAAUUCAUUUUU